AUGGGCGUCGCUGCCCUAGACGACGUGGUCGCGGCCACACUGGCGCGCAAGAGUCAGAGAGCGCCGGCCACUCCCCCAGGCAGCGGCCGCUUCCACCGGCUCGAGGUGAUCGGCGCAGGAACGUUUGGCGUCGUCUACCGGGCCAGGGACCGCCGCACAGGAGAGAUCGUGGCGAUGAAGUGUCUUCGUGCGAGCGACGGCGGCGACGCAGGCCGCUACCUCUCCGACUUCGCGGCCGAGGUCAGCGCCCUCGAGGCGUGCAGCCGGCACCCGUCCAUCGUGCAGCCACGCGCCUCCGGCCACCUCGACAGCGAGGCCUUCCUUGCCAUGGAGUUUGCGGGGCCAACUCUUAGGUACGUCAUGAAGCAUGUCCGAUUCGGGAGGAGGCACACUGAGUUGGAGGUUCGCGUGCUCAUGAGACAACUUUGCGCCGGCGCGAGGAGGAUCAAUCGCCUCGGUCUGAUGCACCGUGACUUGAAGCCAGAUAACGUGCUUGUCGACAGCCAUGGGAACCUCAAGAUCUGCGACCUAGGGCUGUCGUGCAGCAUGGCUGAUGGGCCGCCCUACUCCAGCCCCGUCGGGACACGGGGAUACCGCGCGCCAGAGCUCCUUCUUGGGUGCACGGAUUGGGCCAAUAGCUUCUGUGCGACGUUUUUGAGGUGA